AUGGUCAGUUGUCCUGUUAGCCUGAGGGCUUCAACCAAGUCGACCUACUCCGCUGACGUCAACCUCCCACUGACCUGGCCUUCUCCUCUAGAUGGCCUUGGAGGACCCGCCCCCCGACGACGACUAACGCUUCGCACAGUUAAAAAGAAAAAGAAACAGAAGAGAACUCCGGUACCUGUCAACACAAGCAAGAUCUCAAGAGCGACAACCAUCGCCGCCCAGGAGACCCCAAUCAACCUCCGAUUCGACCCAAGGACGAAUCUGCCUCCUGCACCGGAGACCCUUCAACCUUCCUUUUCCCAGCCUCCUCAACACCGGCAACAUAUUCCCAAUCCCUCACCUUCUCCAUAUCACAACAUUCCCGUUCCCCAACCUCCUCCAACCACUAUGGAAAUUCCACAACCCCUACACCGCCAGUUGUUCCUGUUUUGGGUGUCGAAGCAGGAACCCAGACAGAACACCGCCGGCCCAACGAGGACCCGCCCCCCGACGACGACUAACGCUUCGCAACAGUUAGAAAGAAAAAGAAAAAGAAACAAGAGAACUCCGGUACCUGUCAACACAAGCAAGAUCUCAAGAGCGACAACCAUCGCCGCCCAGGAGACCCCAAUCAAUCAAACCUCGAUUCGACCCAAGGACGAAUCUGCCUCCUGCACCGGAGAAACCUCAACCUUCCUUCUCCCAGCCUCCUCAACACCGGCACCAUAUUCCCAAUCCCUCACCUUCUCCUUAUCACAACAUUCCCGUUCCCCAACCUCCUCCAACCCCUAUGGAAAUUCCACAACCCCUACACCGCCAGUUGCUCCUGUUUUGGGUGUCGAAGCAGGUACCCAGACAGAACACCGUCAGCCCAACGUAUGGAUGAAGAAACCCAAACCAGGAAACAGGUGUUUCUCAACGGAUCAACACUGA